AUGAUGAAUCGUCUACUUGUUCGACGUUGUAGCAUGUCCUCGAUCGAGGAAGAAGACGAAUCGGAAGCAUUUGAUGAACCAAUUAUAGAAGUCGAUAAAUCAUUGUUGUCUUCAUCACAACAAGAACAACGUGAUCAUUUAUCAUCUGCUUCUGAGUGGGAUUCUGAAUUAUCUGAAUCUGAACAAGAAUUUGACGAUCAUGAUGAAAAUCGAAAUGAUGAUAGCGAAGAACAAGCAGCAAAGCGUGCAUUACAAUGUUUUAAACAAUCAUCUUUAAAAACACAUCCAACUGAAAUGAACAGUUCUUAUUCACCGUUUUCUAUUCAUCUUUAUGAAGAAGAAGAUUCAGCUGAGCUGGAUGCAAUUAUGUCUGAAUUACAAGAUUUUAAAGUCGAAUUGGAAGAAAAUUCAAAAUCUUCAUUAUGUCAACAACCAUUAUCAAUUCCAAAAUAUAAUAAAAUAGAAAAAUCAGCCAUGAACCAUUGCCCAUCAACUUCAUCUGCAAAAUAUUCUUCUUCAUCGUCAACAAAUGGUUGCGUUUAUGAACUUCGCACACUUGAAGAUCAACUUGAAGCUGCUUUAGCUAGUUUAUCAUUGACAAUUAAUGAUUGCACAACGAACCAUCUCGAUUCUCAGCAACCGAUUUCAUCUGAUUCAAGUGCUUGUUCAAGUGGAGUUGGCGAUGAAAUUGGCAAUGAAUCAUUUCAUUUAUAUAAUCUAUCGAAUACAAAUCAUCAUGCUGUAUCAUUUGCAUCAAAGCUUACUACAAAUACAGAUGAUUGUGAUUCAGCAUUUAGUGAUUGUGGAUCAAAUGAUAAAAUUACCUUAGUCAAUCACGACGAAUCAGCAACCUACCGUUCAAUGCUUCCAACAACAGAUCCAAUAAUCGAGACACCGUUAACUAUUCUCGAUCAUGAUAAUUCAUUAUUAUCUCAUGCUCGGCAUCCAUCAAAAAUACUUGUUCGUACAUAUAAUGAUGAUGAUUCAACAAAAAGUAUAUUCAUUGAUGAUUCAAUGUUAAUACGCGAUGUUCUAUUCGUACUUGUUCAUAAAAAUUAUCGAGAACCUGAUAUUAAUUAUGCUCUUGUUGAAGUCUUACCUGAUCUUCAUAUGGAACGUAUAUUUGAAGAUCAUCAAAAAUUAACUGAAGCCAUUCUUAUGUGGCCAACUGUGUCUUCAAAUCGACUUAGUUUUACUAAACGUUUUGACAAAUAUAAUUUUUUUCGAACGAUAGAUUCGACUGGCGACUUACCGGAUACGCCUGAUAUUGAAGGAAAUAUUUAUUUAAAAGAAAAAUCUCGUAAAUCAUGGAAAAAACAUCUUUGUGUACUUCGUCCAUCAGGCCUUUAUUUUAUACCAAAAGGCAAAACCAAAAAAGAUCUUGUUUGUGUGGCAAAAUUCGAAAACAUCGAGUUAUUUUUUGGUCUUGAUUGGCAAAAGAAAUUUAAAUCGCCAAGUGACUUUUGUUUCGCACUAAAGCAUCCAUUAAUACAAAAGAAAAGCUCGAAAUAUAUCAAAUAUAUGUGUGUCGAUACGAAAAUUGAAUUCGAUCGUUGGAUUAUGAAUAUUCGAAAAGCUAAAUUUGGACAACAAUUAAAAACUAAUUAUUUACUCAUGGAUAAAGCGAUGAAUAUUUAUCGCUCAUCAGGCCGUCUCACUACUCGUUUUGAAACACCCAUUGAACAGCAGCAACAAGAGAAAGAUGAUUCAUUUAAGAAUGAUCGUCGAACAUCGAUUUUGCAUAGUCAAUACUAUGAAGUUCUUUCAAAUACAUCCACUAAUGAAAACAAUAAUAAUAAUAGCACCAAUAAUGAUUACGAUGAAAAUAAUGAAAAUUCUCCGAUUAAAUCAGCUAGUUAUAUGGAUGAAUUACGUCAAAGACUUGAACGUGUUCUUAAUGAUACAUCACAACCGUGUUCAACUUCAUGUAAUUCUAUUCAGCCAGUAUCGAAUACGAAGGAAACUGUUCAUCGGCCAACAUUAAUGCCUCCACCGAAAUUGAAACAAAUAAAUUCACAACGUUUAACUUCGACUGAAAAUUUUCAUAAAAUAAAUAAUCAAAUAAAACCUCCCAUAACAAUUGGUUCUACACCACUACCAAGAAAACAAAUACAAUUAUUUGGAAAUUUAUCUUAUCGUACCAUGAAUACAAAUACUCGUCAGCAUCAACAACAAAUGAGUAAAAGCUUUAUUGUAUCAUCAAAACGAGAAGAUGAUAGAAGUACUGGUUCAUUGUCAACAACAUCGAAAUCGGAUUCACUGAAUUUAGAAAGUACAGAUUUUUCUGUUCCGUCAUCAUCUUUUCUUGAAGCUCUUAAGAAUACGAACAAAAUAACAAAUCUAUUUAAGCCCAAACCAACCAUUAGCCCUAAUAUAAAUGCAACUCGUUCGAAACAAUUACUACCAUUGAAAAAACCGAUCAUUGCAUCUCAGACAAAUAUUCAGCCACGAUCUCCAGCCCUUACCAAAACUGGACCUUCGCCAAUGUCUCUUAAAUUGUCAACUUCUAUAGCACAAAUGCCUAAACAAAAUAGACUCAUAAACUCAUCAGUAUCGACUACGUCGUUUAAUAAUAACAAAACUACAACAAACGCUGUUAAUAACAGCAAGGCCGUCCCGCCAAUCCCGCCACGCAAAUCCAGUAUUCCACGUUCAGGUUUGAAACCUCAACCACCGCAACGAAAUUCAUCAUCAAAGCUUCUUCGUACACCGCAUGUUAGUCAUUUAUGA